GUCUGUGGCCGUGUUGUUUGUUUGUGUGCUCAUUGCAGAAGUGAGCUGUGGCCCCAGACUGAGUGUGUCUCAGGCGCUGGGUCCCUCCUCCUCCUCCUGCUGCUGCUGCUGCUGCUGCUCUCCGCCGUGUCUCCAGCCUGAACUCAUCUACUGUUGCAUUGCUCGCCCUCAGCUGGUGUUGCGACCACACAGCCAGGCUCUCCGCUUGUUGUUUGGUACUUUUGGCGAACUUUAUCUCCGGUGCGUGUGGUGCGUUGCGCAUCACUGCUCGUGAGGCUUUCGGGGUAAAACUUGCCGCUGCAAGAUGGACUGAAGAAACAACUCGGCAAAGUGUGGAUACUUAGAGAAAGAAGAGUAAUUGUGUAGAGAGCCACCUUUCUGAGGGUUGAAUUACCAUCAUGGAAGAGGACGACGGGCAUCAUGAGAACGGUAUCCACGCCACCAAGGACUCGGACAGACAGCAGAGGCUCAGGCUUUGUGUUUUAAAUGAAACACUCAACACCGAGAGGGAUUAUGUUCGGACAUUGCUUUUCCUUCAGUCGGCAUUUUUGCACAGAAUCAGACAAACUGCAGAUGACCAACAGUGUCUCUCACCGGAACAGGUCAAGAUUCUGUUUUCAAAUAUUGAGGACAUCCUGGAGUUGCACAAAGAGGUGUUGUCUGCAGUGGAGGCCAGUCUGCAGCCCGAGCCCCAGCCUCAGCAUGCACUGGGACACGUGUUCCUCCAGUUUAGGGAUAGUUUCUCAGUGUACGGCGAGUACUGCAGCAACCACGAGAAGGCUUUGCGACUUCUCAUGGAGCUAAACAAAAUCCCCACCAUCAGGACCUUCCUGCUGCACUGUAUGCUCCUCGGGGGGAAGAAAAGCACAGAUAUUCCCCUGGAGGGCUACCUUCUCACCCCCAUUCAGAGGAUCUGCAAAUACCCUCUGCUGCUGAAGGAGCUGCUGAAGCGGACCCCUAAGAAACAUGCUGACUAUCCAGCAGUGGAGGAGGCUCUGCAGGCCAUGAAGGCUGUCUGCUCCAACAUCAAUGAGACCAAGAGGCAGAUGGAGAAACUGGAGGCUCUUGAACAGCUGCAGUCCCACAUUGAGGGUUGGGAGGGAACCAACCUGACAGAUAUCUGCACAGAGUUGCUGCUUCAUGGAAAUCUCCUUAAAAUCUCAGCAGGCAACAUCCAGGAACGUGUCUUCUUCCUGUUCGACAACCUUUUGGUGUACUGUAAGAGGAAGUCCAGGGUUUCUGGAAAGAAGUCCACCAAGAGGACCAAGUCUAUCAACGGGCCCCUCUAUGUGUUCAGAGGCCGAAUCAACACGGAGGUGAUGGAGGUGGAAAAUGUGGAAGAUGGAACAGCGGACUAUCACAGCAACAACUACACGGUGACAAACGGCUGGAAGAUCCACAACACUGCAAAGAACAAGUGGUUUGUCUGCAUGGCCAAAAAUGCAGAGGACAAGCAGAAGUGGCUGGACGCCAUCUUGAGGGAACGGGAGCAGAGAGAGAGUCUCAAACUGGGAAUGGAGCGGGACGCCUAUGUGAUGAUCGCAGAGAAGGGGGAGAAGCUCUACCACAUGAUGAUGACCAAGAGUCGGCACCUGAUUAAGGAUCGACGCAGGAAGCUCAGCAUUGUGCCCAAGUGCUUCAUGGGAAAUGAGUUUGUGUCAUGGCUGAUAGAAAGUGGAGAGAUCAGUAAGCCUGAAGAAGGGGUCAAUCUGGGACAGGCCUUGCUGGAAAAUGGCAUCAUACACCAUGUAUCAGACAAGCACCAGUUCAAGAACGAGCAGGUGUUGUAUCGAUUCCGCUAUGACGAUGGCACCUACAAGGCCCGCAGUGAGAUGGAGGACAUCAUGUCUAAGGGCGUCAGGCUGUACUGCCGCCUCCACAGCCUCCACACGCCUGUCAUCAAGGACAGAGACCACCAUCUGAAAACCUUUAAAUCUGUGGUGCCUGCCAGCAAACUGGUCGACUGGCUACUCCUGCAGGGAGACUGCUCGACCCGAGAGGACGCUGUGACGCUGGGUGUGGGGCUCUGCAACAAUGGCUUCAUGCACCACGUCUUGGAGAAGAGCGAGUUCAAAGACGAGUCCCAGUUCUUCCGUUUCUAUGCGGACGAGGAAAUGGAGGGAACGAGCACCAAGAGCAAGCAGCUCCAGCGCAAUGACUUCAAACUCAUCGAAAACAUCUUGGCCAAGUCCCUGGUGAUUCACCCUGAGGAAGAAGACUACGGCUUCGAGAUUGAGGAGAAAAACAAGGCCAUUGUGGUGAAAUCUGUCACCAGGGGCUCACAUGCUGAGAUGGCUGGCCUGCAGGUGGGCAGGAAGAUCUACACCAUCAACGAGGACCUGCUGUUCCUCAGGCCCUUCUCCGAAGUGGAAGCUAUGAUCAGCCAGGCCUUCUGCAUACGACGCUCCCUGCGGCUGCUGGUUGCCACAAAAGCCAAGGAGAUUGUGAAGGUCCCUGACAACCCAGAUAGCCUUUCCUUCAGACUCUGUGGCUCUGCCCCUCCUCAUGUCCAUGCUGUCAGGAAAGGCUGGGAGGCGGCGGGGGCAGGUCUUCAGCCUGGCCAGGUCAUCCUGAAGGUCAAUGGCAACAACGUCAACCGCAGCGACUACAAAGAGGUCCUGGAGCACUUUACCGCGCAGCACACACACCAGGAGCCUCCCAAAGCGUGUCAGUGGGUGUAUCGUGCAUUUGAAGAUGUGGAAGACCUCCAAAGAGAAAGAGGUGCAGGUGAGAAGGAGGAGAGUCUUUUCAGUCCGUAUCCAGUGGAGAAUGGCUCUGACCGUGAGGAGGAGAACGGCACCAACGGCACAGACCACCGGCUGGGUCGACUUUCCCUCUGUGAUGAGCUUCCUCUUGUCAGUAUGACAGUAGAUAACGUCCAUCUGGAGCAUGGUGUGGUCUAUGAAUACGUCAGCACUGCUGGCAUCAAGAGCCACGUCCUGGAGAAGAUGGUGGAGCCCAAAGGCUGCUUCAGCCUCACUGCUAAGAUCCUGGAAGCAUUUUCUGGUGAUGACAGCCUCUUUGUACGUAACUGCAGCCAGCUCAUCUCCCAGAGUGACCGAGUUGUUACCAUGCCUCAGUACGAGUUCAGACAAAUCUGUGACACCAAGCUGGAGAGUAUCCGGCGACGUAUCAGCAGCUAUCAGCAGUUUGCUCUGGAACUGAGGAACAAGGCGUGGCCCUCCUUCAGGCAGGCCGGCGUUCGCCCUCACCCACUGGGCUGCAUGGACUUUGUUCCCACCAACUGCCACGUCAACUUCAUGCAGGUGUCUUACCCCAAGAGCACCACCUCUGCUGGCAGGACUUUCAGCAUCCGCUUUGGGCGCAAAAACUCCCUGUUUGGCCUGGAUCCUGACCAAGCACAACUGAACCCCAUGUCCCACACACUGCACUGUGUGACCAGCAUGGGAGCUCCCUCCUGGAGCUGCUCUGGUCUGGAAGGAGAUGAGGUGGAUGGCAGCGGGGAGGUGACUGUGGAUGGAAACGAGGGGUUGACGGACAAUCAGCGGAGUGGCCAUGGGGAAGGCGGGUUGAGCUUCCUGCUCAAACAGGAAGACACGGAGACCCAGGACGCCUACAUUUGCUUAUACAGCCGUCUGGACGUCGCUGUAAGGGAGAUGAGGCAGUAUGUCGCUCAGAUAGAUGUCCUCUUGUCAUCCAUCACCGAGCCCACGCAACUCCAAGGGGAGGGUGGGGAGCCUCCAGUUUACGAGCCAAGUCAGCCACCCUCUCUGGCCCCCUGCGAGGAUGGCUGCGACCAGGACAAAGUGGAGCAAGGUGGCAUUAAAAGGGUCUGCUUCAAGGUGAACGAAGAGGACCAGGAGGACUCGGGUCAUGACACAAUGAGCUACAGAGACUCCUACAGUGAAUGCAACAGCAACAGAGAUUCGGUCCUGUCCUACACCAGUGUGCGAAGCAACAGCUCCUACCUGGGGAGUGAUGAGAUGGGAUCAGGGGAUGAGCUGCCAUGCGACAUGAGGAUUCCUUCAGACAAACAGGACAAGCUGCACGGCUGCCUCGAGCACCUUUUCAACCAGGUUGACUCCAUCAACAGCCUACUCAAAGGGCCUGUCAUGACCAAGGCCUGUGAGGAAACCAAGCACUUUUACUCUGACCACAGCCAACCAGAAUUCCGUCAAACAGAAGAUUGGACGGUUCGUUAUCGUUACCUUAUCCAUAAGAACAUCCAGGAGGACCCUUGGAACCUGCCUAGCUCUAUCAAAAACCUGGUGGAGAGCCUGCAGAGAUUUGUGGAUGAUGGAAAGAACCAGCUUCUCCUGGCUCUGCUGAAGUGCACAGACACAUCUCUGCAGCUGCGACGGGAUGUGAUCUUCUGCCAGGCAGUGACGGGUGCCCUCUGCACGCUGGCUGAACAGCUGUUGGCAGCACUGCGGUCGCGAUUUAACAAUGCCGGCGAAUACCAGGAAGAUGGCAAGGAGACCAGCCGGAAGUGGCUGGAGCAAAUAUCUGUCAUUGGCGUGCUGCUGCACUUCCAGUCCACGCUAGCGCCACACGUGAAAGAGGAGCGGACCAUGCUGGAAGACACCAAGGCGGCCCUGUUGGACUUGGACAAGGUCACUGUGUUCUUCAGGCAACUGGAGGAUGAGUGUCUAGUCGCAAACACACCGGUGUGUUACCAGGUGGAGGGCAGCCGACAGGCCCUGAGGGUCACCCUGUACCUGGACAGCUGUCACUUCAGUGAGCUGCCUAGUCGGCUCCAAAAUGGAGGCAGCCUCAAGCUCCACACCGUCCUCUUCACCAGGGCGCUCGAGCGUCCGGAGGGAGUGUCCCAGCAGGACUACGCAGCAAUGGAGGAGUUCCAGCAGCGCACCAAUGCUGUCUCACUGGAGAAGGUCAAGGCCUACUACCGCAGACUCAGGGCGUUCUAUUUGGAGAAGUCCAAUCUCCCCACAGACUCCAACACCACAGCAAUGAAGAUAGACCAGCUGCUGCGACCCCUGAACACACUGGACGAUCUUUGUCGACUAAUGCAGUCCUACGUCAACGUGCGCCCAAGCGCCCAAGGCCACCCGUCAGGUGUCAGCGUGCUGUGUGUGUCCUCUGAGCUGUGUAACCGCCUGGGAGCCUGCCACAUCACCAUGUGUGGUACAGGCAUGCAAAGAUGCACCCUAAAUGUGACACUGGAGCAGGCAAUGAUCUUAGCCAGGAACCAUGGUCUCAUGCCACGCUGCAUCAUGCAGACCAUGGAUAUCAUGCGCAAACAGGGGGCAAGAGUGGAGCUCUCUGCUAAAAAUCUCAAGGUAAUGGACCAGAUGCCUCCAUCAUUCCCAAGGCUCUUCAAGCUGUGUUUGCCACCCUCAGAUGGGGAACUCUAAGGAAAGCGUCACUUCAGAGAACUCUUCAGAGAAAGGGUGAAUGUGAAAUAGGAAGAUCCAAUGAGAGAUGACAACAACGAAAGAGUGCGAGUCUCACCGCUUUCUUUCCAAGAGACUCUCCCGAUGGAAAGACCCCUGCCCCUCCCACUGCCCCAGUUACACAGGGAUCAUUCCACCAUGGAUACCACUAGACUCUUCAGUGCAAAGUGCAGGCUGAAGACUGUACAAAUGACUAAUGACAGUUACCAGGGAGCACCUACAGUCAAACUGAUGCAGCCUGAAGCUCAAGACUAGUCAUGUACUGUCAUCCUGGGAAGCCACCCAGAUAGAAGUAUUACUGCUUUGGCUGUCUGUCUACACGAAGCUGACAUGAAUGACUUAACAACUGGUGCAAAAUGUUCACAACAUAAGGGAGAUGCCAGUUUGAGGCCUCAUACAGAAACACAUCCACAGUGAUUAUGCUCCUAACUGAGCUCCUUUUAUUAACUGGAUUAACCAAACUACCUGUAGCUGACUGUCACCCUAAAUGCAGAUGUUAUCCGCUUUGCCUUGGACUGCAACUUCAGAGAGCUGUCUCUUUGUCUGUUUGGGCUGGUGUUCCCCAGGGCUCAAUGUUGGGACCCCAAGUGAAGUAGAAUACUCGAAUACCCUGGUAUUCAUGUAUGUAGGCUGGUUGAAUAGAUGCAGAAAGUCAAAGAAUAGGCAGAGAGAUGGAAGUAGGGAUAUUGAGGGACAGAUGAAAAGACAUAUGAUAGGGGUGGGGGGGCUGCUCUUAUUUUCAGCCCUUUGCAUGUGGUUACUGUGCAAUUACUGUAGGUUUAGUGUGAGUACUGUAUUACUGCACUAUAUGAAGGAUAGUUAUUUAUUGUGUCCGGAAGGAGCAUUUUUAUCCCUCUCUUAUACUAUAUCAGGUAUUAAAGAAUCUAAAAGCAUUCCAGCCUACGUAUUGAACAGUAUUUAAAGGACCAAUGGCAUGCCAUUUUUUAAAGACGUAACUGCUUGUGUAUUUUAUUUAUAUGUGUGGACUUUGAUCACGUCAGGAAGUGUUACAUUGAUCUUCAGGGACAGCAAGGGCGGGAAGAUGAACAGAAGCUAGCUAAUUAGAAUCAGGACAAAGGAAGCUAAAGUAAACCAUACAAGGCUGCUGAUCAAUAAGCAGCUAAGUCAACAGGUUGUUAAAUUAUUAAUAUAUUAAUUCAAAUGUACUAGUUGAAGGAUUGCCUUCUGUUAACUGAGACAUGAUCUUGACUUUUUAAAAAUUGGUUUUUACUGUUGUAUUUACUGUAGGUAUUAAGCACAAUGAUUGGUCCAUUCAAGUAGCAGUGUUAGCAAAAAGUACUGUAAGCAGUUUGUGGAUGACGUAAACAAAGGGAUCGUUUCAAGUCUGAAACACAGUUAACAUUAUUUUACUGAAAAUUUUAAUUUCUUGUACAUACAAGCUGUAACAGUGUCACAGAAAAGAAAGAUAGGAUAUGUCUGAGUAAUGCUAUAAAUUAAAUUGGAUUAUUUUUAUGGAGAUAAUAUAGUAUAUAAAACGUUUUGUAUUCAUGACUGUGCAUUCGAAGAGACAUUGUUUCUCUUUGCUGAGCAUAACCUCACUGACAACUUGUUGUUUUCUGACUGUUAAAAAGGAUCGACAUGCAUUUCAUGAAUCUCUCUUGACAUGCUGCAUUCAUUAGGCUGAUCACUUAGUCCUUUUUAUUUAUUUAAAAGCAGUCUGGUUCCAAAUGAGCAUGUUGCAAUAGUCUCUACGCAUCCCUCAGCACUAGCAUGGCCACUGUAAAUCUACAUCCCCCUGCUGGUAUAUUAGACUCAGCAGAUAUGUGCAUUGUUAUCAUUUCCCAUAUCAAAUUUACUCCUAAUCUGAGCUGUGUAUAAUGUAUAAACUCAGAAUGCAGCAGUAGUUACCCCAAUCUGGUUUAAAGCAUGUCACCAGUUUCAAUGAGCUAAUGACUGCAGCAUGUCGGUGUAGCUGGACAAACAUAUGUCACUGAUUACACGUUUAUUUACAUUAUUCUAAUGUUUUUGUAUAUACUUUAUUUGCAAUUUUAUGUUGCUUGAAAAUAACUGUACAAAGGAUCUUUGUGAAAUCUUUCUAAAAUUAUCAUUGUAAAUGCAAUCUUAACAAGCUAGUAAAUAAAAUGUUCACAGUACAA